GAUUAUUUUUAAAUGAUGAACAGAGUGAUGUAUGGAAAUUGUGUCCUACUGGUUUGCAAUUCAAUUUGUGUGAACACGUACAAUUUGUUUUGCACGUUUGAUAGACGCACUUUUCUGGAAAGAUGUGAAUAAACUAUGAGCUGUACAAGUUGAUUUUCAUUCAGCAUAAUAACGAUAUCAUCUAAAGUUUGGAUAAAUGUUUACGACAGAAGUUCAUGUGAAUGGAUGAUGCUCGGAGGCAAUGAACGGCAUGGAGAGACAUGGUCAUGGACAUGGACAUUCACAUGCGCAUUCGCAUCGUCAUCGCCAUUCCCAUGGCAGUUCUCAGCAGAGCUCGUCGCAGAACUCGAGUCAGCCGUCUUCAAAACAUAGUCACAGCCACGUGACACAUUCGCAGAAGGAUACGGCUGUACCACCAGCGACUCAGAAGACUCAGAGAAAUUUCAAGCUAUUGGUUGAUCCAUUUUUAGUUAAAGGAGCUGCAAGACUAUGUAGGUAUGAUGGGACUGUUCCAGGCGACCCAACGUAUCCACAGGUUCAACCUCGAGAUCCCAGAUCGCAAUUAACUAGAAUUUGGACUCGAUUAGAACAGCUUGAUCUACCUGUACCUAGGUUUAAAAUUGAUUCCAAUUACUGUGGAGAACCUCCUCCACUAGAAGUAACGUUUUGCCAUUUAAACGACAAUAUUGAUAAGACAUUUUUAACAAAUAUGGUUCAGAAGUUUGGAUCUAUAGAAGAGCUUACUAUUUAUUACCACCCAUUAAACAAUAAACAUCUUGGAAUAGCAAGAGUGGUGUUUGAAUCGACCAAGGCUUCUAAAGCAUGUGUAGAAAAGUUGAAUAAUACAUCUGUGAUGGGAAAGGUAUUAAGGGUUUUUCUGGAUCCCUUUGGGGAAGAGUGUAAGAAGAUGUUCGAGGAGUUAACUGUGGAGAAAAAACCACCUGAAAAGAAAGUGGAAAAAGAGCCACCGAAACCAGAGCCAGAGCCAGAAAAACAUCAGACACCAGUGGAAAAGGCUUUGCCUGAGGAGAGAGAUGACUUUAGAAAUAGUAAAAAAGCUAUUCUAAGUAUGGACAAAACCAGAGAGCCAUAUGUAGAAAAUUCAAGAUAUAACAAGUACAGAGACUAUCCUACGCCGAGUGGCAGUACAGGUAGUGAUUUGGGUUAUGGAACAGCGCCCAGUGAAUUGAAUUAUUCUAGUAAUUAUUCUCAAAAUUCUACUCCGGCAACAAAUUACGACUUUUACUACAGCAGUUAUCAUCAUCAACCUCCGAGUAGCUACUUACCUAGUAUCCCGCAAAAUGUGUCGCAGAAUAUACCAAUUCAACAAAAUUCAAAUGUAUGGUGGAGUAAUAACUCUGGAUCAGCAGGAUAUUCAAGCUCAACUUCCGUCUGGCCAAUUCAACCACAUGCGACAAAUUUGGACAAUGCUGGUUCUAAUGUCACCCCGAUUAAUAAUAAAACUUCCAGUGCAAAAGCGCAUACUACUCCUAAAAAGGAAAAGGAGAAUCAGACUACAGCAAAGAGUACACCUCGUGAUUCUCCUGAUGAAACUCGCAAAACAUUAGAUUUAGAUACAAGAAUUGCUAUGUUACUAAAGGAUAAAGCGGGUGGAAUGGCACCUCCUUUCUUACAGUUUGGCAGUGACUCAGAAGAUGACAAAAAAUCUCAAUUUGGUGACAAUGAGAUGUUGUCAGAGCCACCCAGUCCUUUCCUCUCACGUGAGAUAUACAAACAGUGUUUUGAUAAAAUAGUAGAGAGAAACAAAGAACGGAGAAAAGCUCACGAAAAUAGCAUUAGUCAGUUUUCCGUGGAUGAGGAUUUAGGUAGUGUCAUAAGUUCCAGUGAAGAUGAAGCGUUGUUAGGAAGUUACAGCCCGGCACCCGAUGACAAUGAACCAGAGCCACCUAAAGAACCACCUCCGCCUCCACCACCUGACGACGACAGAAUGUCUCUCAGUCCUUUAAGUUCGGGAGAUGAAAAAAUUGAGGAAGUAAUAGCACAGACUGAACCUUCGAAUCAGCUAUAUCCGGCAUCUGGUUACCCAGGACAUUUGACUCACUAUCCCUCGAACGAUGUUUAUAAUUGGCCGCGACCGACGCAGUAUCCUUAUCCUUAUGGAACAACUUACUUACAAAGCCAUUAUCAACCUAAUACAGCAUCUUUUUCGGCAACAAUGGGAAAUCAUCAAGGAGCAAAUUAUUAUUCCUCUUUUCAAUCUCGGUUACAUGCUAUGGCAAAUUAUAAUAUUACAAAAGAUCCACAGGGACCUACUAUCAAUGGAGUGUUAAGCAGAGUUGUAAAUGAACUAAAGCAAAUUCUAAAGAAAGAUUUUAAUAAGAAGAUGAUAGAGAACACGGCAUUCAAAUUGUUUGAAGUUUGGUGGGACGAAAAGAAAUCAGAAAAAAAUCAAAUUCAGGGUAGUGGCGAUAAUAUUAUUGUCAAUAAUGCAACAAAAGAGGACGUAAAAUCGCAGGGAUUGUCAUCAUUAUUGGAGCAAGCAACACCACUGGGGCUCAAUUACGAUGGUUUUGGUUUGGGUAUUAGAGCUAGUAUGCCAAAGAUGCCUUCAUUUAGGCGCAAGAUCAAAGCUCCAAGCCCAUUACCACAGGAUGAGGACAGUCGACAAUCGGGUCAUGUUGAUAUGGAAACAAUUGAAAGUGAUAGUGAUCUAGAUGUACCACCUGUACAAAAAACAAAGAAACCGAUGACUUCUCUUCCGACCAUUUCUUCUUCAUCUACUACGUCUUCGUCAAUCGAAAGUAGUAGUGAGGAGAUUAGUUCCAGUGAAUCUUCCGAUAGUUCGAAUGAAAGUUCCGAUGAAGAAGCUUGCUUUGAGGAUGAGCAAGAUACAGAUAGCCGAAUGUCUGACAAUAGGCCUUUGGCUUGUAAUAGCGAAGAUCCUGAUAUAUUGAUGGAACUUGCGAUCCAAAGGUCCCUAGAUUGUCCCACACCAACUGGCAGAGAAACGCCGGUACCAGAUAUCAAAAUUCAAGAUCAAAAUUCAAACGAAUUCCCGCAGAUUGAUGAUGACAAUCUGAGUAGUUCAUUAUCUUCUUCCAUAAGAUAUGAAAGCGUCAAAGAAGAGGAAAGAUUUUCUGAGAAGUUGCCUGUAGUAGAAGAAAAACCAUUUGAUGUGUGUAGAACCUUGGACCAGGAAGUGAAAGAUACAUCGAGAAUCACUGAAGAUAAGGGAACACAGAGCGACAUGAAACCGAUGAUAAUAACAUCAGCAAUAAAGGAGGAGGUGUUACCCGAUAUACAAAAAAUGGAAAAUUCGGCUGCGGAAGCUCUGAUGACUCUAGCUGGACAUGAUAAUAUUAUACGGCACAAGAGUCCAGGUGCCAUACAACCUAACAUUAUUAGGGCGCUACAGACAAUGUCAGCAAAAUACAUCACUGACGAACCCAUCUUGAAAGAUAAUGAAAAGAUUGAAAUGUUCAGUGAGAUUCCUACAACUGACUCGGAGGAAGAGAGUUUAGAAAUCAGAAGACUAAGGUAUCAAGCAGAGACAGAGCUUCGAUUGAAUGGACAACGAACACCAAGUUCACCUGGUUCUCAGGCUUCGCAGGUGUAUAUGGAACAUUCGUAUUCAUUGCCACCUGCACAACCCGAGCCAUUGGAUUCGGCGAUCCGAGUACCACCAGCCUCGAUGAAAGUAAAACAUCCAAAGAUUGUUAAAUUGGCGAAAUCGAAAGACAAUACUCAUAAAAUCGAGAAACAGAAAUCCAAGAAGUAUACAAAAAUACACAGCAAUCAGAAUCAUGUGGGAGAGAAGGAAAAUAUCCGAAAUGAUUAUAUAUACGAUAAGCUUCCUAAACAGGUUCCAGAACCGACUGUCACGUACAAAGAACGAGAUCUUAUGUCAGAAAUGGCUAUUUUGUACGAGUUUUUAACUAGGGGAAUAGAUGCAGAGGAUGUAGAGUAUUUGAGAAGAAGUUACGAAGCUUUAUUAGCGGACGAUACUCAAGGUUAUUGGUUGAACGAUACGCACUGGGUUGAUCAUUCGCCGACGGAUGUACCGAGCCCCGCGAAAAAGAGGAAACGAGACGAACUCCGAUUGCAUGCGAGUGGAAGCGCUAGAACGGAAGGAUAUUACAAAGUUGACAUCAGAGAGAAGGCUAAACAUAAACAUCAUUAUGCUCAAAGUAUACAGCGCAGCAAUGAUGUGGAGGACAGCGGCGGUUCUUACAUCGGAGGUGAUGGUGUAAUGAAUGGUCCAAAGAAUAAUUCUAAAGCGUUGACCGGCAAAAUGCAAGCAUUGUCACGCGAGGCACGAAGUAAUCAACGCCGGCUGUUAACAGCUUUCGGAAUUGAUACGGACAGUGAUCUCCUUAAGUUUAAUCAAUUAAAGUUCCGUAAAAAGCAAUUGAAGUUUGCUAAAUCUGGUAUUCAUGAUUGGGGCUUGUUUGCCAUGGAACCAAUCGCAGCUGACGAAAUGGUUAUCGAGUAUGUUGGACAAAUGGUUAGACCGGUUGUAGCCGAUCUACGAGAAGCUCAAUACGAGGCCACUGGAAUUGGCAGUUCUUACCUCUUCCGCAUCGAUUUAGAUACAAUUAUCGAUGCGACAAAAUGCGGCAAUUUGGCGAGGUUUAUAAAUCACAGUUGUAAUCCGAACUGUUACGCAAAAGUAAUCACGAUCGAAAGCCAAAAGAAGAUCGUAAUCUACAGUAAACAACCGAUAGGAGUUAAUGAAGAAAUUACUUAUGAUUAUAAAUUCCCGUUGGAGGAUGACAAAAUCCCUUGCCUUUGCGGAGCUCCUCAAUGCCGUGGUACCCUCAACUGAAUUGUUCAUUCUUUUUCCCGUCUCUAUACUUCAUCAUGCCCUACUCAUAUUUUUGUAAAUACUUCCCCAUGUAAACAUUUUAUAAAAAUGCAAUGGAAAAUGCUAAAUUAUGUUAAGAUGCGUUUUUCCUACUUUAUUAUGAGACCCUUCUGAUCCAGUAUAUGACUUCAAUAUUUGGGAAAGUGAGAUAAAUGUCUGAAUCAUUACUACACCUAUAAUGGUAGAAUUAUA